UUGUUGUUUGCCUUGCUUCUGCCUAAUUCCUCUACCAUCACCUCCGACUCUGUCGUUGGUGUACCGCUCGUCCCUCUACGGGGAGUGAUGGCUCCCUCUUCCUCGUCCUCUGCCUCGCCUCACCUCCCAGCCAAGGCCCACCCAGCUCCAGUCGUCAUCUCCCGCUCUGCAUCCCCUCGUCCCCAGAGCAUCCACGGCCCCUCUCUCGCAGCUCCUAACUUCCUAGCCACGCUAUCUCCACGCAAGUCAGCAGCUCUCACCGAGACCUCGAAAAGUCUCGCGCUGGCUGAGGCGUCCAGCUCGAGCUCCACUUCUAGUACCCCGCUAGCCUCUCCUAGCAUCUCGGCUGAGGAUGGAUCCAAAUUCUCUCUAGGCGGCAGCAGGCUGAUAGAGGAGGCGGAGGCUGCCAAUGAGACUUUGCAAGGCCCGAAAAGGGAGGAGAGGCCAGCAAAGCUCAGUCUGAGACUUGGGUCUGCCAUGGAUACCACUCUUGGCCCGGUGGAGACAACAGAAGCGCAACAGAGUGAUCGUCCACUCGAUGUGAAGGUCAUCGUCGCGAAUGGGGCGGAUGAGCCAAGCCAAAUGGAGGCCAAAGGAAUCGGGAGCUCAGAGAGGACAAGCCCUUCUCAUGGUCCUGAAGUGCAGAUCGAAGUAACGCGCCCUAGUGAGGAGGGGAUUAUUGGCAGUACCAAAGACGAUGCAGCGAACUCCCCGGAACAGUCCAAGGAGACAGAGACGGAAGAAGCCAAGGGGUCAGCCUGGAGCAGCUGGACUUCCCGGGCUGCCAGUGGUUCUCUGUCCUUCUUCAAGCAAAGUACAAGUACUGCUGCAGGAUGGGGUAGCACUCUUACGACGAAUCCCUUUCGCGGUUCGGGCAAAGAUCGAGAGCCUGCUACUACGAGUCAGGCCGAAGCGGGCCCGUCUCGCCCACGAUCCAUCGUGGAGAGCGACGACGACGAUGACGCUGCUCUGGCUAAAUCAGCUGCUGAUACUUUACGGAUAGGAGCAAAGAAUGAAGAAAAGAGGAGAGCCGCUCAGACGCGGUUACAGCAGAAGAGGGACAAGGCCAAGGUGGUAAGCGACAAGCGAACUGGAGGUAGCGAAAGAGGCAGGCAGGUCGAGGGGAGUCUCCUACCUUCUCGCCUUGUAGCGGAGGUGGACUCUGUGCCCGAAUCAAGGAGCUCAUCGCCAACCAUCAGAGGGCUGAAUACGUUUGACUACGUCGAAGAGCUGCCUGGAGCCUGUGAUCCCCCAACUGGCGAGACGCUACCAGAGAGGAGAUACUUCAUUUUGACGCAAGCCGGAAAGCCUGUGUUCCUGUCCCAUUUGGCGGCCCGGAGGCUAGAGAGAGAAGACGCAGCAAGGGCUCGGCUUAAAGCUCUGCGACAAGCAGAGAGGGAUCGAGCUCAGCAAAGGGCAGACCUACCGAAAGGCAGCGAAGUCCGUACCGAGAAGCUAGCUCAAAUGGACGAGGAGGACAACGAGGCUCGCGCCCAAGAAGAGGCCGCUCGAAAGAAAGACGAAGUCGCAUCAGACGAGGAUGAAGAGGACAGCGCUGUGCAAGUCGGCGUACUUCAAGCCCUCAUCUCCAACUACUUCGACAAGGGCCUGGCAGUACUCGAGAGCAAAUCUAUCGAGAUUCUUCAGCUGCCCAAGUCCUCGAGCCGAGUCGUCUUUCUGAUGCGAGGGCCUCUCUAUCUCGCCGUUACGUCUACCUGGUCUGACGGCGGUCAGAUCUAUUCCGACUCUGCGACAGUUUUGAAAGCUCAUCUCGAGAUUCUGCAUGCCGGACUGAUCUCCCUUAUAUCAGAGUCUCAGCUGAAAGGACUUUUCGCCCGUGGUCAUAAUUUUGACCUGAGAAGGAUGCUCGAAGGUACAGACGGUAUCCUCUCCUCGUUGGUCGCCAGAUGUCAAGUCGACUUUGGUCUCAUCUUGGGCGCUGGUGGUGGCGGAGGCAUCUGCUUGAGACCGACUAGACUGGACCUUAAGCUCAGAGAAGAUCUGGGAAGCUGUCUGAGCCUCGAAAGGUGGGAGAACCGUCCGCUCAGCAGAGUGCUAGCGGGAGACAGUGGGCGAUCCAGCCCUCUCAAUGUUCCGGACAGCCCCAAUGGUGAGCACUCUCGGUCUGAUUUCCUCAAGGCCGACUUGGACCCUUCGAAGCUCAGAAUGGAAUUCAAGAUCCCUCCGCGACCCAAGGAUCUGCUAUAUAUUCUACUUAUCACUGCAGAUGGGCAGCUCAUCACGAUGCUCAGGCCCAGGAGACUGUCAGCCUAUCCGCUGGACCUUCAUUUGUUGAUGAAUACCAUUGUCGGUAUGAGCCGACGGACACAGCGCGAGCCAGGGACGGUCAAUUGGAUCCCGAUCUGUCUUCCGAGAUUUGCACCCCAGGGAAUGGUCCAGGCUCACAUCUCUUGGCUGCACGGUGAUCCACACCAGCACGAGAAGAGGGCCGAUCGUCAAGAGGAGGAAGAUGGCUCUUCUGAAACAGCAAAGGACAGCAAGCGUAAGGCAGAAUGCGCCCUUGUCAUUGUGACUGCCGAUCGAGAGAGCUUCGAUGAGAUCGGGAUCUGGAGAGACGGUGUGGUCAAGGCUCUGAGUCUGCCGCCUUCACCUUUGGCCUCCCUCUCUCAUUCUUUGACGCAAGCUCCCAUUUCGCCAGAUUCUCUUCGUCUUCCAGGGCUGCGACACUUUGUCCUCAAGAAGAAGGACGACCUGCAAAUUGUAUGGUCUGAAUGGAUUGAGCCGUAUGCAGGAGACAGCCUAGAGGCUGUUCUUGCGCGGGAUAGAGUGAGAAAGACGUAUGCUCGAGCUAGAGAGUUGAGCAUUCUUGGCGCGAGAAUGGGUAAAAGCGGCAAGAAGACGAGGAAAGGCAAGGAGACUCUUUCUGCCAGUGAAGCUGCCAAGCGCAACAGAAAAUCAACGACAGAGGAGAAGCAGCCAACUACAACGCCAGACGGUGAGACUGGUGCUGACCGGGAGGUCAGAGGCGCAGAGACGAAGGAUGUACCAGCAGCCGAAGAUGCUGAAGAAAACUCUUCUACGACCUCUACUUCAACGCCCAAAGACAGCGCAUCGGUAGCAGAAGAGGCCUCGCCCGCGACUAUACCCAGUGCCCUCUUACCGCAAGCGAACAUCACCUCGCACUACUUCCGCACACCGCACGAAGCCUUUUACAUCGAGGUUCCUCCCGCGCCCACUACGAGCCAUCUGACUGGUCCUUUGGUGGUAGAUCCAGACUCGGCCUCUCCCUACGAGGUGUACCUUACUUUGAGCUCUAAUGUUCCGCCGGCUACGGCUAGGAAGAUUGCCAGGCAGGUGGUGAGGUGGGGAUUGGGUAGUGGGGCUGGUGCGGGAGGUGAUGCAGUUGCGGUUGCGGGAGAGAGGUGGAGGCUGUUUGUGAGCGGGAGGGGCAUGGUCUUCUAGAGGCGGCGAGAGGCGGCAUUAAUUCCAGACAGCCGAGGAUGCGAAGAGAUGCUAUAUCAUAUAGCAAUGACCAAUGUAGAGAAGCUCAGACGGAGCCAUCCCUGUCCAAUAUUACUUGUAUAUCCCUGCC